ACAUUUCGUAGGACCGACACAUACGGCAGUGGGACAAUUCCAUGCUUUAGCCAGCAGCAACACGAUCUUGGCAGUCUGAAAAGUCCUACCGAUCAAUCGUGUAGAUAGAUCUUGGGUAGUUGUAAUUCUAUUAAUCAGCGACGGGCAGAUUCUAUUUAUUAGAUACCCCCACGCCUCUUUUCUCUUCUAAGCCUGGUACAAUACAUGUCUUCAGAGUAAACCGUGAUCUAGAUUCACUCUAUUCCCAUUCCUAUUUUCCUUUCUGUUUCCUUUUUCUGUUAUUUCAUUUGUUGAAACACAUUCCAUACCUAAGUAACGAUUCCUAAUCGAAACCGUCAACAUGUCGAACGACAACAACAACGGCGGCGGCAACAGCGAUGACUACUCAUUUUACCCUUACGACCCGUCGAUUGCGGUAGCCGGUCUGAGCUGUGGUCUGUUUGGUGCCGCCCUCCUUUGGUCCACCUUCAUGACUAUCAAGACCAGAUCAUGGAUUUGGAUUGUCCAGCUCGUCACUAUCAUCAUGGAGCUCGUUGGAUAUGCUUCUCGAAUUGCUUCUGCGAAAGAUAAUACCAAUCUCACCUUAUACGCGUUACAGUUCUGUCUGAUUAUCCUUGCCCCCAUCAUUAUGGCCGGUGCCAUCUAUGUCGUCUUUGGCCGAAUUGUCUUCCAUGUCAUUCCUGCCCAGGACAGAACUACCGGACUCCUUUGGAUUCCUCCCCGGUGGAUCACUCCUAUCUUCGUUACUUUCGAUAUCGUUUCGCUGAUUGUCCAACUUAUCGGUGCCGCCGUCGUGGCAGCUACCCGACCUACUGACGAUAACGCAGCGAACAACUUGAACAUGGGUAAGAAUGUCGCACUUGCAGGUCUCGCCAUUCAAAUCGCCGCUUUCGGUCUCUUCUCGAUCAUCGCUGUUCGUUUCCACUUCAUUUCGCAACGAUUCGAGCACAGCCUCCAAUCAAGGCUCGCUGUCGCCAAGGGGAGGGAAGCGGAGAUCAACACUAAAUGGAGAUUCCUCCUAUAUGCUGUUAACAUAUCCUGCCUUUUCGUUUUGAUUCGAUCGGUCUACCGUGUAGUCGAAUUCGCCCAGGGCCCUCUAGGCGUCGUGACGCAAAAGGAGUUUUACAUGUAUGUACUGGAUGCCCUGCCGGUGUUCUUGGUUACCCUCGCCUUCUGUGUCAUUUUCCCCGGUUCGUUCCUCCCGCACAUGGGAUUCAGGGUCCCUAAGAACCGAGGAGAGGAACUCGGGAGCGAUGGGUCUACCCUUGAAUUCCGAGAGAUUUAGGAGUCAAAAGAGUGAGUUAUGAUAACUCGU